UGGAAAUCGAUGCUCUUCCUUCAGCUAUCAGAAUUGACUGUUUGCCAACCAUCACAUUUGCUGUGCGUCAGGGUGUGUUACACCCCUUCCCUACCAUCAACGUUCCACAAAACCAUCACCCACAGCUCAGCAUCCGUCCUCCACGCGACCACAGCUCGAGUGAAGAAGUUCUCUUUAUGACUCUUUACUCCAACAGGGAUCUUGAAGCAAAGGUGCGCUGGCCUGCAGGUGCUGCAUGAUAGCCAUAAAGGAACCAUGGAAGGAGCCGGCGUCACCGUGUUUGUCACUGUUCAGAGGAUCUACUAUCCCUUCCUUUGCAUCAUGGGUAUUCCAGCAAACCUUUUCACGUUCUACAUGAUUUAUUUCCGUAAAUGUGGGAUGUCAAACGCUGCCGUCGUGUACCUGAGCUGCCUGGCCAUCGCAGACACUUUCUACCUCAUCUGGGUCAUCCUCCUUGACCUGACCCUGACCUUCUGGAUCCUGCAGCCCUUUUGGCACUCCCAGCCGUGGUGUGGCAUUCUUGGGUUCCUGCAGCAUGGAUCUCUCAGCAGCUCCUCCUGGAUUGUGGUGGUUUUCACCAUCGAACGCUACCUGGUCCUCAAAAGCACAACUGCCAAACAGCGUUUCUCCGAGGCUGGGGUCACCAAACUGACCUGCGUGGCCAUUGUUGUGCUGUCCCAUCUGGCUUCAGUGCCGAUGGGCUGGAUCAACACCGUCAAACUUGUCAAUUUCACAGUUGAUGGGGAAAAUAUGACCCUUCCCAGGUGUCUUUAUCGAGAACACACCUACUCUACAGUUGUAGUCUGGAUAGCUUCAUUCCUCUCCGGAGGAAUCCCAAUAGUUUUGGUGAUCCUCUUCAACUACUUGAUUGGGUACCACCUGUGCCGUGCCAGCAACUUGUUCACCAAGGAGGAGCAGCGCGUCAUGCAUGGACGGAGCACAAGGGGAAUGCUGAAGAGGACCAUCUUUCUGCUGGGGACCAUCUCAGUUGCCUUCGUCGUCCUGAGUCUGCCUCGCUUUGUUACGUACUGCAUCCUGAGGACCAAGUACAACGACGAGAGCUUCGACAGGAACGACUACAGCAUCCCCAUCAACGUGGCCGGGGACGUGGCCAACAUGCUGCACAACCUCAACUCCUCCACCAACUUCCUGCUCUACUGCGUGGUCAGCAGCCGCUUCCGGCAGGAGCUGGUUCAGGUGGUCACCUGCAGCGCCAAAGUCCUUGAGCUGGGCUCCGUCUUCACCAACACAACCAUGAAGGUCUUCGCCGUUGCAGACCAUAAAUGUCUACCCUCCAAUGGGCCUGUGGCAGUGGUUCUGACCAGCCUCAAACCGAGGGAGGACAAGGAUGGAGAUACAUGA